AUGGGGAGCGUCCUGGGGCUGUGCUCCAUGGCGAGCUGGGUGCCAUGUCUGUGCGGCAGUGCCCCGUGCCUGCUGUGCCGCUGCUGCCCUAGUGGGAACAGCGCCACUAUAACGAGGCUCAUCUAUGUCGUCUUCUUGUUUGCCGGAGUGUGCGUGGCUUGUGUCAUGUUAAUACCAGGAAUGGAAGAACAGCUGAAUAAGAUUCCUGGAUUUUGUGAGAAUGAGAAAGGUGUCGUCCCUUGUAAUAUUCUGGUUGGCUACAAAGCUGUAUACCGUUUGUGCUUUGGCUUGGCUAUGUUCUAUCUUCUGCUCUCUCUGUUGAUGAUCAAAGUGAAGAGCAGCAGUGAUCCUAGAGCUGCAAUACACAAUGGAUUCUGGUUCUUUAAAUUUUCUGCAGCAAUAGCAAUUAUUAUCGGGGCUUUCUUCAUUCCAGAAGGAACUUUUACAACUGUGUGGUUUUAUGUUGGCAUGGCAGGCGCCUUUUGUUUCAUCCUCAUACAGCUUGUCUUACUGAUUGAUUUUGCCCAUUCAUGGAAUGAAUCAUGGGUUGAAAAAAUGGAAGAAGGAAACUCAAGAUGUUGGUAUGCAGCUUUGUUAUCAGCUACAGCUCUGAAUUAUCUGCUGUCUUUAGUUGCUAUCAUCCUGUUCUUUGUUUACUAUACUCAUCCAGCCAGUUGUUCAGAAAACAAGGCAUUCAUCAGUGUCAACAUGCUCCUCUGCCUUGGUGCUUCUAUAAUGUCUAUACUGCCAAAAAUCCAAGAAUCACAACCAAGAUCUGGUUUAUUACAGUCUUCAGUGAUUACAGUCUACACAAUGUAUUUGACAUGGUCUGCUAUGACCAAUGAACCAGAAACCAAUUGCAACCCAAGUCUACUCAGCAUAAUUGGGUACAAUACAACAAGAAUUGUCCCAAAGGAGGGAGAGUCUGUCCAGUGGUGGCAUGCUCAAGGAAUUAUAGGACUAAUCCUCUUUUUAUUGUGUGUGUUUUACUCAAGCAUCCGCACUUCGAACAACAGUCAGGUGAAUAAACUGACUUUAACAAGUGAUGAAUCCACACUAAUAGAAGAUGGUGGACCCAGAAAUGACGGAUCACUGGAGGAUGGAGAUGACGUUCACCGCGCUGUAGAUAACGAAAGGGAUGGGGUCACUUACAGUUACUCCUUCUUCCACUUCAUGCUUUUCCUGGCUUCCCUUUACAUCAUGAUGACCCUUACCAACUGGUACAGGUAUGAGCCUUCUCAUGAGAUGAAGAGUCAGUGGACAGCUGUCUGGGUGAAAAUCUCUUCGAGUUGGAUUGGCCUCGUACUCUAUGUUUGGACACUGGUGGCACCUCUUGUUCUUACAAAUCGUGAUUUUGACUAA